AUGCUAAAGCAGUUAGUACAGGGCCCUACUCAGAGUGUCCAGGCAGUUGCUCAGCCUCCACUGAUUCCACAGAAUCCUUAUGUUCCUAACCCCUAUUCUGUGCCACAGGUACCUCUUGUAGCCUGUUGUGCAAUUUGUGGUGGAAAUCAUAUAGCUCAGACAUGUCCUUUGUUAGACUCCGGUAACCAAGUCCCUCAGCCUAAUGUGGAGCAAGUUGAUCUCGUUGGUUAUUCUAGACCACAGGGCCAGGGGCAAGGUUAUGGGAACUAUCAACAGCAAGGAAGAGAUCAGUUUGUUCCCUCUUGGAACAAUCAAGGCAAUCAAGUGAGGAACAAUCCACCAGGUUUUCAAGCCUCAUCUUCGAAUGGUAGACUGCCGGCAAGCACAGAAAAUCCAAGGCACCAAGUGAAUGCAGUCACCACUAGAAGCGGAUUAGCAUUGAAGGAUCCUCCAUUUCCUUCAAAUGAUCCAGUGCCUGCGAAAACUGAUAAGAAGGAUGAAGGCGUUCAGGUUGAGGAUGUUCUUGAUGAUAGUGAGGGGGAGCCUGUGGUGCAAAGAGAUAGCGCUAAAGGAAAAAUCCAUGUGCCAGAUGAGAGUGCUCCGAGUAAGAAGCAUGAAAGGAAGAACAAGAAGGUAGAUGACUCAGUUAUACCUUGCAACCUGUUACCAUAUCCACAGAGGUUGUGGAAAUCAAAUGAGUCUGAUAGAGAGAGCAAGUUCCAUAAGAUGUUAGAUAAGCUGGAGAUCUCCAUGCCUUUUGUUGAAGCAAUCACUCAGAUUCCAUCGUACAAGAAGUUUCUGAAGAAUAUUUUAGGCAAUAAGAAAAAGCCAGAGAAGAGUGCGGUGGUGGAUCUGAGCGAAGGAGCCUUGACCUGUGCAGUUCUUCAACAUAAACUUCCUCCUAAGCUAAAAGAUCCAGGUAGUUUUGCCAUUCCUUGCAUCAUUGGUGGAUUUGUAGUUGGGGGUGCUCUGUGUGAUCUGGGUACCAGUGUUAGUCUUAUGCCAUAUUCUUUAUGUAAGAGGCUCAACUUGGGCACACAAAAACCCACCUCCAUGACCCUACAGAUGGCGGAUCGCUCCAUUAAGCGUCCGGUGGGAGUUCUUGAGGAUGUCCCGGUCAUGAUUGAUCAGUACUUUAUACCGGGGGAUUUCGUUGUUCUAGAUAUAGAGGAGGAUGCCAAGGUUCCUAUUAUACUUGGUAGACCUUUUCUAGCUACUGCUGGUGCACUUAUUGAUGUGAGAAGAGGAAAACUCGUGAUGGAAGUGGCAGAGAACAAGAUUGAGUUUGACAUAUUCAAAAUGGCGAAGCACCAGCCCUCGUAUGUUGAUGAGUGUUACUUGAUAGAAGGGCUGGGUGAGUGCACUGAUGAAAGUAGAAAGAUUGAGUUAGGGGAUUUGCAUGUUUCCCCUAUUGAUCCUGGACCCCCUGAGAAGUCAAGUGUGCUAAAACGAAAGAAAAAGUUCUUUGGUCCUGAUGGUUUCUACAAAAGAUGGAUGAGGGAGCUGUCUAAGUUCAAAAGACCACCGGAUCGCGUGGUCCACAAUCCCACCUGA